GGAGAAAGAACAACAUUGUUAAAUGGAUUGUAAGCUGUAUGUUUAUAUUGGAUAGAUUGGUGGAACAGAUUUUUGUAGAUUUGAUGCAGGAGAUAAAUGGGCCAUUAAAUACUUGCAGCACAUUGCCAGGUAUAUGAUAAUUGUGCUGAUAUUACAUGCUAUCAUGUGUUAUAACACAGAUAGUGACUGGGAGGAGAUGCUAUAACAUAUAAUAUUGCCUUCAGACAUUAUAUCACACUUCUCUUACAAACAGAUUGUCACUGGUGCACGCUGAUAUAUAGCUAAUUUUUUAUUAGAUUAAAUAAGAUACCAUCUAAUUGGCUGAAGUUGGCAAGAUUUUUUUCUUCUAUAAAUAUGCUAGAGGGCAUUUUGUUUUGAAAUUUUUGUUGACAAGUUUUAAGGGUUUAAAUUGUAUUUUUUUCUCUUGAUGAAUGCAUGUUGAUCUGGAUUAUGAAAAAGAUUGUUUUUCUGAAUAUAUUACUGUGCAUGACAACUGGAAUAUGAAAAGAAUGAAAUAAGAGCUAUAAAUGACUUGGUGGAUAAAAUAAUGUGAAUUAAUAAAUGAAAGGAAUUGAUUUUUGUAUUGGAUAUAAGCUAACUAUUGAGGAGUGAUUUUGUUUAAAGUUGUGAUUUUUAUGGAGGAUAUUGGAGAUGUUCUGUUGUUAAUGAAUGAAUAUAAUUAUCAUAAAUUAAACAAAAUUAAAUUGUGAAUGAUAACAGUUUUAAAGAUUUAGAAUUAAUUACCUAUCAAAGGCAUUACAUGCAUUUUAUUUUAUUACAGCAGUGAAUGUAUUUUAUAUUUCCUCUAACUUUACUGAUUGUUAGAGGACUUUCGGAAGAAAUUGUUUACACUGAGAGUAAUGUUUUCGGAAAUUGUUUAAUUGUCAGGAUAAUAAACAGUAUAUAACAAUGUGAAGCUGUGACUGAGAGUUUAACUUUGUGCUGGAUUAUAAAAUUAUAUUCUUGUAAAAAUGUGAGAUAAAUUAAAGAAGAAUUCUAGCAAUUAUGUUAUCUUGGUGUGGAUUACUGGAUCAUGCCUGGAUUAACAGAUUUAUCUUAUCCUUGGUUAUAUUAGAAGCAUGUCAGAACAAACAACAAUGCCACCUGGUGGCCAGCACAAAGACAUUCCAACAAGACCCGUGCCCUGGUACCAGGAAAUACCUCAAAGUUGCCUACAAGUGCAAGCCAAGUGAGUUUUCCAGUGAGACGGUAUGUGAAGGUGACCAGUUAGAGUUACGAUGUAGCAGGUCAACACGUAUAGCAAUAUCUUCUGGUCUGUUUGGUAGAACACUACAGGGAGAUACAAAAUGUCCAGAAUUGUUACGUAAUACUUCAGCUUUAAAAUCAAGUUGCCAGUCAAAGGUUGUGAUAGAUGAAUUAUUGAGGCAGUGUCAUGGCAGGAAGAGAUGUACAUUAGAGGCAGAGGAAUAUAUAUUUGGAAAUCCUUGUCCGCCAGGAGUCAAUAAAUACCUCAAUAUUGUUUAUACAUGUGUUCCAAAAAGGGUGCUGAUUUCAGUGAGACGCCAUAAUCACAGGAAACAUGAUAAACAUAAGAGUGAUGAUGAAAAGGGCAGUAAAACCAAGGACAUUCCAUCAUCACAUGUACAUAAUAUAUCCUCACAUCAUACAACUUUAACUCCAGAAAAACCUUCUGCAGACUUUCCCGACACAGCACAGCAACAUCCUAGUGAUCCUGUGAUUGGUCAAAGUAAAGAUUCCCAGGAUUCCAAGGGAAAAUUUAGAUAUGAUACCAAACUUGGUAAAGAUACUUACUUAGAAUCAGGGAACACAACUCCAUGUAUGAACCAGUCACAUGGUCACAAUGGCCCUUCAGCCACAGGUUUACUGUCAGACUGGUUAAAUGCAUUUAACUUUAUAAAAGAGAACAGGGAGAAAGCUGUGUUAUAUUUAGUGCUGGGUGUAGCAUUUGGAAUCAUUUCCAUUCUUUUUCUUGUGAUAAUUAGACUUGCAAUAGUAAACAAACGUAAAUCGAAAGCUAAACUUGAUAUUUCGGAACCAGCCCACAUAGAUCACCCGCCUCCAUCAAACCACAUUGAGGCUCCAACACUAGAGAGAACAGACUCUGUUGAUAGGAUUGAGGUGGUCAGGUUCAAUCCAAUGCGAAGUCGUGACUUUGCUACAUGUACAUUAAGAAGUGAUAUUGGCAAUAGAAGCUUAACAAACUAUUAUGGCUGAAUUAAAGUGAUCUUUUCUGCUGUUAAGCAGUAAAGAAGCUGAUCUCUGUGAAAUACAAACUUUACAUGAGAACAGAGAAGCACAACAGAUAUGAAAGCAUUUAGUGCUACCUGAUCUAAGGGAAGUAACUGUGAAAUAUGAAGACAUGCUAA